GGGUGGUUGUUCUAAAACAUAACACUCGAAUCGGUUUGAGUUUAAACAAGCUAACAGAGGGUUGGACGGGAUGCGCCGGAUAAACUGGAAUAUGAUAAACAGACAUUUACCUUUAAUGUUCUGAUAAAUAAAGCUGUAAUUUAAAAGGAAUUAAAUUUCGCUCUGAAGCUGAAGGGUGAAUGUCAUCCUGUCAAGCUGAACGCUGCUGUUAGACCCCGCCAUCGUACUACUGAGGCUAACCAAGGUCUGCGUUGGUGUGAAACGCCUCAGUUUCUGGCGCCAGACUCAGGGAGAUGGCUUCACCCUUUGUGCCUGUCCCCAUCCCCAUGAACAGAGCACUGUCUGGCGGCAGGCUGAGGCGGCCGCAGCGCGCCGCAUCUCUUGGAAGCGUCUCCAGUGGCUCCGAGUCGUCGUCUCCCAUCACCAGGUCGGCGGGAGACGAGCGGGGUCGGACUGGCGGGGGGUCGGGAUCGCAGCGGCAGUCGCGCUGCCCUGACAGGGCCAACCGCAGCCUGACUCCCCCGCCGCAGCAGAGCCCCCUGCCCCGGGGCAGGGUGAAUGGGACGCUGGAGGCGUCCGUCCAGUACUCGACGUGCCCUCGCUCCAUGUCUGACCCCUCCGGGAGCCAGCAGGCGGAGGAGAGGCCGAUCACCCCGACCGUGCUGGGGUACGAGGUCAUGGAGGAGAGAGCCAAGUUCACGGUUUACAAGCUCCUGGUGAGGAAGAGUCAAGACGAGAACUGGGUCGUGUUUAGAAGAUACACCGACUUCUCCAGACUCAACGACAAGCUAAAGGAAAUGUUCCCCGGCUUCAGACUCUCGCUGCCUCCUAAGAGGUGGUUUAAAGACAACUACGACAGCGACUUCCUGGAGGACCGGCAGCUGGGGCUACAGGCUUUUUUGCAGAACUUAGUUGCACACAAAGACAUCGGCAACUGCCUUCCAGUGAGGGAGUUUUUGUGCCUCGAUGAUCCUCCUGGGCCUUUUGACAGCCUUGAGGAGAGCAGGGCGUUCUGUGAGACGCUGGAGGAAAGUAACUACCGCCUGCAGAAGGAGCUGCUGGAGAAGCAGAAAGAGAUCGACUCUCUGAAGAGGAAACUGGAGGAAAAGGAGCAGACCAUCCUGAUGCUGGAGAAGCACGCCAAUGGAGGAAGCCCGGGGUCUCCCUGCGCUCUGUCGGCUCAGGGAAGCGAGAGCAGUGCAGACGCCGACGUGGAGUCGUCUGCAGCAGAGGCUGAUCAGGACACGCCCGACGACACGGGUGGCAGGUGUCGGCUCCAGCCAGUGCGGUCCGCCGCCUGUUGGUGCGGCCCGGCGCUCAGCACCUCCCCUCCGGUCAUCCAGGUCACUCAGCUGUUCCACAAGUCCACUUGAAGCCCAACUCCAAGCCUUUUCUUUUUUCCUUCCACCCGUUCCCCUCCAACGUCCAAUUGGCUUUGACUUUCAUGUGACUUCACCUUCUUCCAUGUUUCAGGCUGGACCUGCUGUUUGACCUCACAGGGGGCAGAGCUCGACCCGAUGCACGGAGAGGGAAUGGUUUCACACUGACGCCCCUUGUGGGUUAUUUAACCCGGCACCCGAAACACUUUAUAAAACCCAACAACCUCAAGACGAAAAGCCGAUCCGGGUCGCUCUCUAACCUCCUCCUGCUUCUGCCAGGUUGAGUGUUUGUUAUAAUUUUGCCUCCGGAAAGUGUGGCUCCGACGAAACCUGAAGGCUUGACGACUUUCAGAACCGACAAUCGACAACAAAAGCAAACACUGACAUCCCCGGACGUUUGUUGCCUUUUUGAGAAGACAGCUUCUCCAAACUGAGACACAGCACCCCCUUGUGGCUUUCUGGGCAGAUGUACCCAGGUGGGUUCUGUCACGGUCGAUAUCCAGGUACUUUGUGCUCCCACUGACUGUUAUCGGUGUAAACAAGCCCUCGGUUUGCAUCAUGAAGCCAACAUUCCCUCUUGUUUUAAGUGCCAAGUGUGGUUUGGAAGCGUCAACGAAUCAAGAUGGAGACGUGAAAUGCAAUACCGUACACAAAUCAUUUCAUAACUAAAUAGAAGAAAGAAAAAAAAACUGACAUCUAAUUCCUAUCCUGUUAGUAGCUACAGUCAUUGUUUAAUAAUGUAAGGUACACUACAAAAACAAAACUGAGUAUUUUUGGUGUUGUUUCUAUGGCAAAUAUCUUAGUUUUGUCUUAUUUCAAGUGUACUGACUUUCAAGUAACAUAUCAGCAAAUAUAUGGGUUGUAAGUCAGAAAUUCCUUUUAUAAAAGUGGAAGAAGUACUAGUUCCAACUAUAAUUAGUACUUUUUCUCCACUAUUAGGAAAUUAUUGGCUUUAAACAAGCUCCUAUAUUUUGCUGAAAAUUUACUUUUGUCUUAUUUCAAGUGUAAUAAGAUAUUUGCACUAGAAACUAGACCAAAAACAUUUGGUAAGAUUUAGUUGUUUUUUUGCAGUGCAACACUAAAAGACCAUUUCAGACAGUUUAUUUCCAUACAGCUACAUGUUAACAUGCAGCUCAAAUGCAGCUUUGUGUUUGAGCUCUGGAAUAUUUUACAUCAACACUUGCACUUUAAGAUUCUGAACUCUGGAUUAUUGCGAUUUCUGUAAGAAUAAUUUGCCAUUUAUACUCGAUGUAUUUAAUUUACUCAGCACUAAGUCAGAUUUUUUUUUUUUUUUUUACACUUUUACUUCCCAACCAUCGCAGUUAGCAUCGGGGUGUUCAGGUGACUUGAUCGGCCAAGUGACCGUGAGUUAAAACUACAAGAGAAAGAUUGUAGUGAACUAAGGCUUAGCGAAGAGCAGCCCAUCUUUUACAUCGCGAAUGGUGCUAGUUAACUUCUCCGAAAACGACACCCAGACUGAUCCUGGUGAACACGUCACAGACACACACAAGCCAUACUUUUUUUUUUUUUUUCAAUCUAAGCAACUCUGGAGAGGCAGAUGCAUAUGUGGCUUUCGCUCUUUAAUCGUCGUUUAACGAGGGCGGGGGGCUGCAGCUGAUGGCCUCUCACGCUCGGCCUGGUCUUGCUCUUUAUGAAUGAAUGGCGAAGCUUAAUGACUGCUCGGAUGUUGUUUUUACUCUUUCUACGAAGGCCACAUGCCUUUUUGAUCACUACAAGCCAUCUUAAUUUCCGACGGGGUCUAAAACGUUAAUAUUUUGUUUAUGAUCUGUGACGCUCUGGAUAUUUGCCUCUUGCAUCAUUAAGUGCCUUGAGGGGUUGUGUUGUUGUUUCUCUUUGUUUUCUUAGCUUUUCUUCUGACGAGUUGGGAUUGCUUUAUAGAUUUAUGCAGGACAUGAAAGAUAUCCUCUCUCUCUCCCUGUGAUGGAAAGGUUUUAAAUAACACUCUUGUGUGUAUAUAUAUAUAUAUAAUGUUGUUUUGAAUAGAUAUGUUUUUCUAAUAUUACACAAAUUGAAUCUUAGCUUAUUUACACCUGUAGUUUCACUUUAAAAAUUUAUAAACAUAUAUGUGAACAAGAUCCAAAAUAUGAAAAGGAUACUGUAGACACUGUAACACACGCUGCUUAUCAUGUAAAACAUUAUAUUCACGAUUAAAGAGGGAGUAACGUAUUGAACACA